AAUUAGCACCCGCUGCACAAUCGGUUCGUAGACGGGUAAAACGGUAGUGCCGACCGAAAGAAAACUCCCGUUCUCCCGUGAACCGUACCCCAUCCGGGUUUCUAGGUUGGGGGAUGAAGCUCGGGAAGCGUAUUGGUGCUCUAUUAGGAAAUAUCCGCUGCCCGAUAUGCUGAGAGGGACAGAAAUUUUAGAGCGCGGAGCCUCUGCCGUGCGCGCUGCUGUAUCAGGGAAAUAUCCUGCGAGUUUCUUGAUCCGAUAUAGCUUAGAGAGAGAGGAAAAUUUUGGUGAUAACAUAUUCGAUCGAAUCGAACGCCAAGGAGGACGAGGAGAAGGAGGCUUCUGUGCCCCCCUGAGUCCCUAACCAUCCGAGGAGAAGUUAAAAAGAAUGAGUGAAGGCGACGGAAAGAGCAGGGGAAUCAUGGGCGAUCACUACGGCGGCGGCGGCGGCGGCGGCCAACCCCAUCAGCAGCAGUAUGGGACGUUCCAGGGCGGCGCCCCGGGCUAUCCUCAGCCGGCGAUCGGGUACCCGCAGCCGGCGCCUCCGCCCGGGCUGGCUCCCCCAACUUAUCCCCCUCCUUAUUCCACCGGCCCUCCAUACUAUUCCCAUGGCUACCAAUUCGUUCCAGGUUAUGCUACGAUUGCUGAAGGAAGACCUUUAAUAAUGCCACGCCUUCCUUGCUGUGGCAUUGGUAUUGGCUGGUUUCUGUUUGUCGUUGGCUUCUUUCUUGCUGCAAUUCCCUGGUAUGUUGGAGCUUUCAUUCUACUUUGUGUCAGAAUAGAUUACAGAGAGAAACCAGGGCUUAUUGCUUGCACUAUUGCUGCAAUUCUUGCUGCAAUUGCUGUUCUUCUGGGAGCAACAAAGGGAACCGACGUAUGGUGAUUCUUUUACAAAGCUGCAGUUAGAUACCUUUAGUGUAUUUAUAUUCAUCCUAUAUUGUAAGUUCUGUAAACAAUCUGUAGUUAUUUAAUACAUAAGCUGGGGCAGGUAUUUUAUUUGUUAAUAAGAUUGCAAGCAACUAAAGGGUGAUUAAAAUUCCCAUGGCUACAUCUCCUGUUUGCAAUUGUUUCUUUCAUAUAUUACCUACUUCCCUUGUUCCUCAUGGUGGAAAAGAAUCUUGUGAAGGUCCUUACAACUUUGUCAUUGCCAUUUUUAACCUCUAUCGGACAGGAAAGAAAUGCAAUAUUCAAGAAAUAUUCAUCU